CCAUCAGACAACGGGAGUCACCGGCGCUGCACACACUGUUUCUUACCCGACGAAUAAACGUAAAACCGUUCGGUGAAACGCUGCCUUUAGGAGCGUGGUGUCAGUGAAAAGACAUGGGGGACCGAGUAGCUUUACUGCUGCUGGCUGUAGCGGCUUCGGCUCUGGCUGCCGAGGUGCCUACAGAUGUUUCUAUGGGUCUGUUGGCAGAGCCCCAGGUGGCCAUGUUUUGCGGAAAACUCAACAUGCACAUCAACGUGCAGAGCGGCAAGUGGGAGGCAGACCCUUCGGGCACCAAGAGCUGCAUCGGCACCAAGGAGGGCAUCCUGCAGUACUGCCAGGAGGUGUACCCAGAACUCCAGAUUACCAAUGUGGUGGAGGCUAACCAGCCAGUCAGCAUCCAGAACUGGUGCAAGAAGGGGCGCAGGCAGUGUCGCAGUCACAUUGUGGUGCCCUACCGCUGCCUGGUGGGAGAGUUUGUGAGUGACGCCCUGCUCGUCCCUGACAAGUGCAAGUUCCUGCACCAGGAGCGCAUGGACCAGUGUGAGAGCCACCUGCACUGGCACACUGUUGCCAAGGAGUCCUGCGGAGACCGCACCAUGAAUCUCCACGACUACGGGAUGCUGUUGCCGUGCGGCAUCGACCGCUUCCGAGGAGUGGAGUUUGUGUGCUGUCCCGCGGAGGCUGAGCGUGACGCCGACAGCACCGAGCAGGAUGCUGAUGAUUCCGAUGUCUGGUGGGGUGGAGCGGAGACUGACUACUCUGACAACAGCAUGGUGCGGGAGCCAGAGCCAGCGGAGCAGCAAGAGGAAACCAGGCCAUCUGUGGUAGAGGAGGAGGAGGAAGAGGAGGAGGUGGCCGAGGAGGAGGAAGAGGAGGAGGACGUGCUGGACAACGACCAGGACGGGGACGGAGAGGAGGACGAAGAGGUGGCGGAGGAGGAGGAGGACGAGGAGGAGGAGGAGGAGGAGGAGGAGGGAGACGACGACGACAUUGUCGAAACGCUGGACGACGGCGAUGACGCCGACGAGCCCACCACCAACGUUGCCAUGACGACGACCACCACCACCACCACCACCGAGUCUGUGGAAGAGGUUGUCAAGGAUGUGUGCUGGGCCAAUGCAGAGACCGGUCCUUGCCGGGCCAUGCUGCCCCGCUGGUACUUUGACCAACAGGAAGGCCGUUGUGCUCAGUUUAUCUACGGCGGCUGCGGAGGCAACAGAAAUAACUUUGAGUCAGAGGAGUACUGCCUGUCUGUCUGCAGCAGCGUCAUACCCACAGCCACACCCAGCUCCCCCGACGCUGUGGACCACUACCUGGAGACGCCCGCUGAUGAAAACGAACACGGUCACUUCCAGAAGGCCAAAGAGAGCUUGGAGUCCAAGCACCGCGAGAGGAUGUCCCAGGUGAUGAGAGAGUGGGAGGAGGCUGAGAGGGAAGCUAAGAACCUGCCACGUGCUGACAAGAAGGCUGUCAUCCAGCGUUUCCAGGAGAAGGUUGAGGCGCUGGAGCAGGAGGCGGCUAGCGAGCGACAGCAGCUGGUGGAGACCCACAUGGCCCGGGUGGAGGCGCUGCUCAACGACCGCCGCCGCCUGGCUCUGGAGAGCUACCUGACAGCGCUGCAGCAGGACCCACCCAGGCCUCGCCAUGUCUUCAGCCUGCUGAAGAAGUACGUGCGCGCUGAGCAGAAAGACAGGCAGCACACCCUCAAACACUUUGAACACGUCCGCAUGGUGGACCCCAAGAAGGCUGCGCAGAUCAGACCUCAGGUACUGACCCACCUGCGUGUCAUUGAGGAGCGUAUGAACCAGUCCCUGGGACUUCUCUACAAAGUGCCCGGUGUGGCAGACGACAUCCAGGACCAAGUUGAGCUUCUUCAGCGAGAGCAGGCAGAUAUGGCCCAGCAGCUGGCCAACCUGCAGACGGACGUGAGGAUGAGCUACGGCAACGACGCCCUGAUGCCCGACCAGGAACUGGGAGACGGCCAGACCGACCUGUUGCCCCAGGAAGACACACUGGGCCUCGGGGGAGUCGGCUUCAUCCACCCCGAGAGCUUCAACCAGCCCAACACUGAGAACCAGGUUGAGCCAGUGGACUCUCGCCCCAAUCUUGACAGAGGAAUUCCCACACGGCCAGUGACUGGAAUGAAGAUGGAAGCUAUUCCUGCGCUGCGGAUGGAGACGGAGGACAGGCAGAGCACUGAAUAUGAAGUUCACCACCAGAAACUGGUCUUCUUCGCAGAGGAUGUGGGCUCCAACAAGGGUGCCAUCAUCGGCCUGAUGGUUGGCGGUGUCGUCAUAGCGACCGUGAUCGUCAUCACCUUGGUGAUGCUGAGGAAGAAGCAGUACACCUCCAUCCACCACGGAGUCAUCGAGGUGGACGCCGCCGUCACCCCUGAAGAGCGCCACCUGUCCAAGAUGCAGCAGAACGGUUAUGAGAACCCAACCUACAAGUUCUUUGAGCAGAUGCAGAACUGAAGAGAAUGUCACAUGUACAUCACACAUACACACACGUACACACACACACACACACACACACACACACACACACACACACACACACACACACACACACACACCUCCUUUCACACAUCAAGCACCUCCCCUCCCCUUCCUCCCACCCCCUCUACCCAGAUAAGUCCCACGCCUCCCAGAGGGAGUGUGGCUUACAUCAACGCGUGACUGAAAUAGUCAGUUACAAGCAUACGGGAGCGACGGCAGCCAGGGUUUGCUUUCACGUUUGACUGUGCGGGAGCUGCGGCCGAGCCAGUUUGCACCAAGUUCGUUCACUUUAUCAGGGCAAAGACGCCUUUUUUAAGUUAAAGAAGGGCAUUUUUUCAAUGUUGCUCCAUCUGGGCCUGCUGAUGUAUGGGGGGGGGGAAGGCCCCGCCCAGUACAUUGAAACAAACCCACUCCUUGGGGGAAAGAAGCGCGUUCUCUCCACACUGAUUCAGGGCCAGUGUAUAGUUGGGGUAUUUUGGCUUGGGAUGGUGUGUUUGUGUGUGUGUGUAGGCAAAUCUGACCACUGAUCAGCAGGAUUUUAGGCGCACACUAACCUGGGCCUCAUUUACAAAUAUCAGUUGCAUACAGAAUCACCAUAAUCAUUAAUUAACAUGGACAUGUUGAUUUGUUUCUAUCAUAUUCUUUGUAACGAUUCUAAAAUGAAAUAUAGGUUUAAUCAAGCAACUUGAUUUAUAAAUGAAGCCCAGUGUUUUUUCCCCACGAACUGCACCACUACUGCACUCACUCUACAGUCUACACUGGAGUAAAUGUGAGCCUCCUCUCCCUCCCCUCCUCCUCCUCCACCCCUCCCUCCAUCCUCUUUUCUUUGCGCAUUCUUACGACAGCUGGGCUGUGCUAAGUCACACAAGGCUCUUAAAGAUAUUUGGAGAUGCUGAUGAUAAUGAACAUGUUGAUGACGGUGGCGAUUAUGUAUUCUGAAUGAGCUGUUUUUCUUUUUAAGAGUUUUUCUUUUUCAUUUUCCAGUUUUGUUUUUCAAAAAAGAAAUGAAAACGGAAGAAAAAAAAACAGAAGUCAACCGAUGUAAAGUCCUUUUUUUAAAUUGCGUGUAAUGUUACUGAAGUAAUGCUGAAGUCUUAGCUGUUCCUAUGUAGUGCAUGACAACAAUGACAACAGGAUUUGGAAAAACAAACUCAGACAAACAAAAAAAGGUCUUAACGCUGCUCUUUCUCGAGAUCCUUUCUCACGUAUAGAUUGUCAUUCUAGCAAGAUUGUACAUUUAGUAUCUUCUCGUGAUCACGUGAAUUCAAACAAUGAUGAAAAAUAUAUAUAUAAAUCUAGAUGACCGGGCUCUGCUUUGAUAUCAUGUAAAAUACACAUUUAAAAGAGAUCUGUGAUUUUGGAAUUUAAGUGUGUUCCUCAUAUCUUUUUUUUUUGUUUGUUUUUUUUUUCAAUUUCUUUUUUUAAACCAUGCUAUGUUCCUGAAGCGACAGGAGGGUGGCUGGCUUCAUCUCUGUUGGUAUAUAAUUCUCAGUCACUGAAAUAUAUUGUGUUGAAAUUCCUUACGCGUAGGGAGGGGCUCUCAGAAAUCAUCCUCUUUAAUUUGUGCUUUUUUGUUCACUCCAUGUGACCGUGUUUUUUUGAAAAGGGCAUGUUGUGGGUGUGAAGGUUACAGGGAGCAGGAAGGGGAGCGGGAAAAUAGGCGGAAUCCGGCAUGGGGGGGAUGGGCUAUAUCUUGCGUGUAUGUGUUUUGUCAUUUUCAGUCUGGUGUUUCGUCCAGUUGUAAGCAGACGCCGUCUCUUAUUUGGUUUUGUAAUCAUUUUGUGUCUGCUGAUAGAACAGGUGGAGUGCUGAGAGGUGGAGGAGGAGGAGGUAGAGAGGAAAUGACUUCAGUUCCGGAUGGCUAGCCAGCCAGGGAAGCAGUCUGUGUAUAUAUAAUGGAUUUUCACCCCCACCCCAGCACUUGCCUUCCCCUCCCUCCUUCGCCUUCCUCUCCCCUCAGGCAUGCUGCUCACCUCUCUGCCAUCAACGCACACUUGACUCCUCAGAGGCAGAGCACUGUAGUCUGUAUAUAGAUGAUAGAGGCGUACACCAUCGAGAGAGCUGAGAGCGAGUCGGGGGGUGGGGGUUGAAAGCAUUAGUCCAAGGGAAGUUCUAGCAAAAAAAACAGUGUGACCUCUCACUCUGUUAUUCAAUCUAGCAGCGAGUAAGAUCUGUGAGGAAAUCGUGAAUAACAUGUAUGUAUGGAGGUUGCAGUGGGGUGGGGUUCAGAGGGUGCUCAUUAGAAGCCCAACAGAGGGCAGUAGAGUAGAAGAGGAAGCAGGAUUUUCUUUCUAUCUUUUUGUUUUUCUGUGGAUUAUAUAUUGUUUUUUGUUUUCCACUGUGUAAUAUUGUGCAGGCCAUUUGCAUUGACUGGGAAAACGCUUUCUACACUGUAUUCCAUAAUAAAGUUUUGAAUGUACAUACA